UUGUAGUAUCUAGGAAACGAAACCUACCAGCGUACACAAGCGGUCUAGGAUUCACCUUACAGUCAGGAAACAUCUCAGUGAAAUUAGUUCAAAACCAGUGCACGGCGUCUGACUUUUUGUUGUGUUGUGGAAAGAAGGAUUUCUGUUAUUUUGAUAUUUCGAAGUUAUUUAAAGAUGGAGAAAAUGAGUUACACGUUCAGUCAGCAAUAUGAGGAAAAAAUACGUCCUUGCAUCGACACUAUCGACCGCUUACGGUCUCUGGGGGUCGAAAAGGACCUGGCGUUGCCUGCCAUCGCCGUCAUUGGAGACCAAAGCUCAGGAAAGAGUUCAGUUCUCGAGGCGCUGUCUGGAGUAGCGUUACCCAGGGGUAGUGGAAUUGUUACAAGAUGCCCUCUUGAGCUCAAGAUGAUAAGAACUAAAGAUGAAACCAAAUGGCAUGGAAGAAUCAGCUACAAUGAAAAAGAGGAAGAUAUUCAUGACCCAGCAGAAGUGGAGAAAAAGAUUUGUGAAGCCCAGAAUGAGAUGGCUGGAGCAGGUGUUGGUAUUAGUGAUGAACUUAUCAGUCUGCAGAUCACCUCUGCCAGUGUUCCUGACCUCACUCUCAUUGACCUUCCUGGUAUCGCUCGAGUGGCAGUCAAGGGGCAACCUGAGGAUAUUGGAGAUCAGAUAAAGAGACUGAUCAAGAAGUUUGUUACAAAGCAAGAAACAAUUAACCUGGUUGUUGUGCCAUGAAAUGUUGACAUUGCAACCACAGAAGCAUUACAGAUGGCUCAGAAGGAGGAUCCUGAGGGUGAAAGAACAUUAGGCAUCUUAACAAAGCCGGAUCUGGUGGAUAAGGGCACUGAAGAGACAGUUGUAGACAUUGUGCACAAUGAGGUCAUUCACCUUACUAAAGGCUACAUGAUUGUAAGAUGCAGAGGACAAAAAGAGAUUAUAGAUCAAGUCACUCUCCAUGAGGCCAUAGCAACAGAAGAUGUUUUCUUCAAAGAUCAUCCUCAUUUUAGCAAACUUUAUGAUGAAGGUUUUGCCACUAUUCCCAAGUUGGCUGAGAAACUAACAAUUGAGUUGGUUCAUCACAUUCAGAAAUCCCUGCCUCGUUUAGAAGAACAGAUCGAGGCAAAACUUGCUGAAACACAGAAGGAACUGGAGGCAUAUGGCAAUGGACCCCCAUCAGACCCUGCAGAAAGACUGAGCUUUUUCAUUGAUAAAGUUACAGCUUUCACUCAUGAUAUGUUCAACUUGACCACUGGGGAGGAAGUUAAAUGUGCUUCAGAUCUACUAGUUUUUCCAGAACUUCGGGAAGAAUUUGCAGAAUGGAAUGUUGUCUUGUACCGUUCAGGAGUUUCCUUCAACAGGAAGAUUGAGAAAGAAGUGGAUAACUAUGAAGCCAAGUAUCGGGGAAGAGAGCUUCCAGGAUUCAUCAAUUAUAAGACCUUUGAGGGGCUUGUUAGAGAACAGAUCAAGCUGUUGGAGAAACCUGCACUGAAGACACUGAAGACUGUCUCUGAUGUGGUUAGAAGGAAGUUCAUCCAGCUGGCCCAGUGCAGUUUCAUUGGGUUCCCUAAUCUUCUGAAAAUAGCAAAGACUAAGAUCGAAGCCAUCAAGCAGGAUAAAGAACGCCUGGCAGAAUCCAUGCUGAGAACCCAAUUCAAGAUGGAGCUCAUCGUUUACAGUCAAGAUGGCACAUACAGCCAGAGCCUGAAACAUGCAAAGGACAAGCUGGAAGAGGCAGAAAAUGCAAAGCUAGCACUUAAAAUGAAAAAGAGUAGUAUCGUGAGUGUAGACGUUGACACAGGUAAUCAUGCCACUUUGCGUGAGAUGAGGUUGCACCUAGAGUCCUAUUACAUGAUUGCAAGCAAGCGUCUAGCUGACCAGAUCCCAAUGGUGAUCCGCUAUCUGCUGCUUCAGGAAGCAGCUUUGGAGCUGCAAAGGAACAUGCUGCAGUUACUGCAUGAUAAAGAUGGCAUAGACAACCUGCUUAAAGAAGACUCUGAUAUUGGCCAAAAGCGGGAGAACUUACUGAAACGCCAGAAACGUCUGAUGAAGGCACGCAGCCUUUUGGUUACCUUUUAGAAUUCACUUCAAAUACUCGAUUACAACAAUUUUAUUGCAAAACAAAUGUAAAACAUAGCAAAAUGUUUUUAGCAUAGCAAUUGAGUACUUUAUGAAGAAACAUAGGCUUUUUUUUCACAUCCUUUUAAAAUACCUUAAUACUAUUUGUGAGGUGGCUUUUUAGGUUCUGAAGUUUCUUUUAAGGCAAUAUUAAUGCACCUUUUAUUGUUCAGUGUCAAAGUUUGUACUUUUGGGUCUAGUGCUGGACAUUGUUGUAUCUUAAGAGUAUCUAAGUGAAGUGUUUACUUUUACAUACACGCACACACACACACAUAUAUAUAUCUCUCAUUUAUUAAUGACUUUAUAAACUACAGUGUCUUGAUGAAACAAUCCUAAAUGACUGGGACAUUCCUUCUCUGGAGAAGAAUUAAACUAUAAGAGAAUGAUAACAGGUCGCUGUGGCACAAACCAUAUUGUACAUCGAGAAAGAGUAUUCUAAAAUUUUCUCUGUUGUGAUUUGCAUCUUACACAGGAAGGCAUUAUUUAACAAUGUGGUUUAAAAAAAUCUAAGUAGUUACAAUAAAAAGAUGCUUUAUAGCGUAAACAUUCAUUACAUAAA